AUCGAUCCACUUACACUCGACAAUAUUCUAUCGCAAAUUGUUGAAAAUACUAUGGGUGAUAUGAGAUUUCGUCUACGCCAAGCGAUCUACGGCAUGGCCCUCAAAAAGUUUCAGCUUCCUCGCUGUUCCCAUCCUGACUGUGGACCAGUGGAUAACUACGAAGAAUUUCUUCUGGAUCAUUUCAUUUCCCAGAUCAGUGGAACCGUCGAGAACGUCGAGAAUGGACCACAAUCGACUCCUAGAGGUCAUCGAUCCGAACGGCCAGUUGCCAAAGCUCGAGAAGUAGUUCGUCUACGGGAACCGUUGUCCAAUAACAAUCAACAGGAGUCCCAAAAAGUGGCCAUCGCUUUGGAGACUUACACCACUGGACCUGUUAAGAAGCACAGCGGAAAGCUCAUCACUGCCGAUGACUUCAGGAUGUUCGACUCACCGGCGGCUUCCAACGAAAACAGCACAGAAGAGGUGAGAGACCGCAUUCAUUGA